GUCAGUUUCUUUUUGUUGCAGGUCUGGGAUCUGAACAGAGGUCAGAUGCUGCAAGACCUUGAGUGUCAUAAGGGUGCUGUCCUGUCAUGUGACGUGUCUUCUGACGGAUGUCUCUUUGCCACCACAUCGGCCGAUAGGACUGCUAAGGUGUGGAGCAGUGCUUCGUGGGAGAUGACUUUUUUGCUGAAGGGACACGAGGACUGCGUCCGUAGCUGCCGUUUUUCUUGGGACAACAAGCGACUUGCGACGGGCGACGACAAUGGAGAAAUCAGGCUGUGGAGCAUGCUGGAUGGAGCUCUUCUGAAGAUCUGUUCACGGGACACUAAGGACUCCAUGGACUCUUUCCACGGUGGAUGGGUGACUGACCUGCACUUCUCCCCUGAUAACAGAGUACUGGUCUCUACGGGCGGAUACAUCAAGGUACACGCAUUAUAUAGUUGACAUCACUGUAUACAAGCGAACUCUGAGUGGCGCACCCUGGAAAAGAGAAUUUUUUUUGGUUUGCUUAAUUUAACCUGGGGGUGCUUCAUGUGUGGUUAUGAUUUAG